GCCAUCAGAACUGUCAGAACCGAGGAAUCGUCCGCGCGCGCCGGAGUCAACUACCAACGUUUCGCAACGCAGUCGUAAAGAGACAGCGAAUCGCGUCGCGUUCACGCAGUGUUCGUCGACGUCGUCAGCUCGUCGGAAGUUCGCGUCGUAAUGCCAACGAUUACAUCCAUCAUGGGAUUCAGGAAGAUUAUCAAGCGUAUCUCAAAUACUACUGUGCAGUCGGAAAAUCAAAUAUGGACUACGUCGAUGCCGCAGUGUAUUGCCGAUGAAUCCUACCGGAAGGCGUUACAGCAGUUUAUAGAUCGUCGCCGAUCGUCGAGCGAAUUGGUCAGUGAUGCGGAGUUCUAUUCUUAUCAACCUAUCAAGCAGAACGGUGAACACCUCGUGAAAAAGGACAACAAUCGGAACUGCCACAAUAACUCGAAGCGGCGAAAAUGCUCGACGUUUAUACCAGGCGUGUCGCACGUAGAAGCUUCGGAAAUUUUCGAGAUCGGAUGUGUGGCAGGCACAGAAGACCGAUAUCUCGAGCUGGUUUCUGCGGAGUGGCACAAUACGAGAGUAUCGCUGAAGAGACACACUCAUCCGGCGUGUCGGAGCGCGAUAAAAGCGGACAUAGAAAUUCUCACAGAAAUUCGGCAUCCCAACAUACUGCUGUUGAUGGCAACAACACGUACGGAUGAACACGGCCUUGUCUCUAUCUUUGAGUCUGUCAACUGUACGUUGUACAAUUUAAUACACGAGCAAGGCGAACGAAUGAGCAUACAAAAUAUCGCGCAAAUAGGAAUGAAAUUGGCGGACGCAUUAAAGUAUUGCCAUAUGCGCGGAUACAUCCACGGAGCGAUCAGCUCACAUUGUGUUUAUCUUGUACCUAAUGGUGGUAUCAAGCUAGGUGGAUGGGAAUUGGCUAGUUUGGAAAACGACAAUGUACAACGCGACUAUGAAAAAUGUUUGCGAACCGAGAUCUUCAAGUGGCAAGCACCGGAAUUUUUUUACGGGUCCCAUCUCUCUACAAAAAGCGACAUUUAUGGCUUAUCGUUGUUACUUUGGGAAACAGGCACAGCGCGUAUUCCAUGGAGCGGGUGUAACCGACCACAUGUAGAAUUGCAAUACGUAACACGGAAACGCGGUAUCAUCGUGGACUUCAAUCAUUUCCCAUCGCGCCUUCAAAAACUAUUGGAGAAUGGACUACAACUUGAUGCCGCGAAAAGAACUUUGGAUAUGGACAAAAUACGAAAAACUCUUCAUAGAUUACUUAUGUCCGAGGAAGCAGAAAUCACAUAUGUAAAUGAAUCUGGAAUACUGAAGCUUGAAAGGGACAAUAAUAUUAAGAAUAUUCACACGUCAACCCCGAAAGUUUCUUAUGAAAAUGUAAUGUUGAUAAGAAGAUCACCCACUGAUAAAUUAGACAAUAUGGCAGAGGAAAAGUUUACCAAUCGAUCCUUCACAUCUACAAUGGUACAAUGCAAUAGAGACUUGGAUGAAAAUAAUGUUGAAAAGAAAAAUAUGUUUUUAACUGACAAUGAUGCUGAGAGACUGGCGACUGGCGAAGUACAAACUACUAAUUAUAAUACUUAUACGAAGCAUUUAAAUGGCGUGAAAGAACUCGAAACCGACGAGGAUUUGCACAAUACUACACGAUCUGACAUAAAACGACUGAAAGAAAUGAAUGCAACUAGAAGGGAACAUUUUUUUAAUGAAAAUAACCCAUCGUUCACUUCUUCAACUCCAAAUCCGAUGCGUGUCAAUAAGGAUACUGACUAUAUACUAUGUAAACCAGCUAGUCACGCAACAAAUAUGGAGCUGAAAUAUAAAAAAUUACCUGGUGAAUACGAAGGAAAUGUUAUGAAACCAUCAUAUACACUAAAACCAAAGACGACAUACACAAAUAUGUCUACAAAUAUUAAGGAUGCAAUAGCGCAACGGCAAGUUUUACAUCCUGAUGUAGAAAGCUUUUACGAGUCAAUAUUAUGGCGAAAGGAAAAGUUAAUUUGUUUAUCACGAAUGGGACGUGAGAAUAAUAAUAAUAAUAUACACCAAUAUUCUUGGCCAUUAUCACCAAAACCAUUUACUAGUGUUAACUGUAAUACUGGCAAUGGUAAAGCGCAAUAUUCUAAACCAGCUUCUACAAAGAGUAACAAUACGUUUAUUAUGAAGGAUGCAUUUGAAAAAAAAGUAGAUGAACGUACCAAAGAUGCUCAAGAAUCAUUAUCAAAAGACAUACAAAGCAACAAUACGUCCAUGGCGGCUCCAAAGUUUUCAGAUAAUCCAUUACAAGAGUUAAAGGAUGCCAUCGAUCGUGCCACUGAGAUUGUACGCUCAGGAACUCAAUAUGACAAUUCAGCUCCAUAUUUUCAAAAUUAUUGCAAUUCCGAAACUAAUACGGACAAUACGCAAAAGUACGAAAGCGCAUUUGAAGACUUAUAUGAAACGAAAUGUGAUGGCAAUAAUCAAGAAAUCAAUAUUGAAAAAUCGUCUGGCAUAAAUUUUUUGGACGAUUAUGUGACUGCGGAAAGUAGCAUUGAAAUAGAAAACGAAGGAAAAGUCGUUUGUAAUUUUGUAGAUUGUAAUAUGUACGAUGCUAAUAUGCACAACAAACUUAUUUACGAAACCAUAGAAGAAGUGGAUUCCAAUGGAUCUCAAGCAUCAGUGCAGAAUCACCAAUUGGGGGACUUGCAAAAAGUGAAUUUAGAUAAAGGAGCUCAUAUAAAUAGUGUACCAACUCCGCACAAAGCUGAUGUAUCAAAUUUUAAAUCAGUUUCGGCAAAAUCUGUCGAUCUAAAUACUAUUUUGCUGCGACCGAGCAAUAUCAUAAGAUGCGAGAUUUGUAAUUCGCACGAUUUAAAUGACUUGCGAAGACGUUCUCUACCCGCGUGUUUGAAUAACCUGAAACUUACGCAGAGUCCAGGGUUGAGAAAGAUUCGCGCUCACAAAAGUUGUUUGCAAGAUAGCAACUGUACAAUUGAAGAUCUAUAUAUCGACGAUGAAUUUGGCAGCCGAUUAAAUGAUAAUCUAGUUCUUUUAAAUGACGAUUUACAGUCAUGUGCUAUAGAUGAUUAUCCAUAUGAUCAUCAAAAUCUACCUCAGACUACAGAACUGUAAAUCACAUUGAAUUUACACAAAUUUCAUGUUCAUACGUUCAAUCAAUUGUAAGAAGUUUCAUCUCUCUUUAUUAAUUAAUUUAUCUUUAUUUAUUUCAUUUCAUUCUCCGUUCUUUUUUACGGUUUUGACUACAUAACAAAUGUAAGCGAUAUAUACCUAAUUUAGUACAUAUAUGAUUGUUGAUUUCUGACCAAUGCAAUUACUAGAUUGGAAAUAUCGCUUGUUGUGUUCACGAACACAAUAUGAAUAAUUUGAAAUUAUAAAAUGUUUCAAGAUUACUGUACGAUAAAUUAAUUUAAGAAAAAUUAACCAAAAGCCAUUCUAUCAAUAAAUGAAUUGAGACGAAUAUUGAAUAAUGAACUCUUGAUAAAUCGUCAUCGAUGUUACUAAAGCUAUCAUUUUGCUAUACAUGUUUAUUGAAACAUUUUUUAUAUGAUUUUAAAUUAUUCGCUAAAUAUUUUAUAAAUACAUCUUUAUUUUACAUAACAUACAUAUUUUGUGUAAUAAUAGCACAAGAAUUAGGAAGGAUGUUAAUGUUUUCUUAUUCUUAGUUUGUAAAAAUUACAAUGCAUUGGUAGAAAGAAUAUUAUUUCUUAUAAAAAAAGAUAUAUAAAGCAAUUAAAUAUAUUUUAAUGUGCUAUA